UACACGUCUCUUUCAAUUUCUCUCUCAUCAUUUCUUCUCUCUCUUCCCAACUUGCCCCAAAGGAAACCUCUCCCUCUCUUAACCUGCGCCGCUCUGCAUAACGUGAGCCGGGCGUCGUUCCAAAUGUUGAGAGGAUCAGACUGCUCCUAUGAGCUUGUUACUUUCUUCUUCGUUACUCUUUUUUGUUUGGCUUCUUUUUCACUCGCUCAACAACAACUCGCUGAGUCGGAUCGAUUCGACGACGAUGCAAACGCCACUGUUGCAAAUGCUUCCUCCAUAACUAAACCGAAGGACGGUACCUUUGCCGCUAUCAUCGAUCGUGCUCUCGAAAAGGAGUUCACUGAGAACGAACAAAACGAAGUAAGUGAUGAUGCUGGAAGUUUCAACAACAGUGUAGCAGAACAGCAGGCUGUUUUGGAAACCGUUGCCAGAGUUAAGUCAAAGAAAAAUGAUACAAAAGAGGAAAAAUCAUUUCAACUCCAUGACGUUUUCAAUCUAGAGAAUGAUAACAGAGCUGAAGAUACACCUAUGUUGAUAGAUCGAAAGGACAACGUCUUUAUUAUAUCUAAUUUUAAAUCAAAAUAUCCAGUGUUACAGCUGGACUUAAGACUGAUAUCAGAUUUGGUUGUUGUCAUUGUGUCUGCAACUUGUGGUGGCAUUGCAUUUGCUUGUGCCGGACAACCGGUGAUUACUGGAUAUUUGUUGGCUGGAUCUCUCAUUGGACCUGGAGGUUUUAACUUUGUCAGUGAAAUGGUGCAAGUUGAAACAGUAGCUCAAUUUGGUGUGAUUUUUCUUCUUUUUGCAUUGGGCCUAGAGUUCUCCAUUGUGAAGCUUCGAGUUGUCCGAGCAGUUGCUGUCCUAGGAGGGCUACUCCAGAUAGUUCUAUUUAUGUGCCUCUGUGGAAUUACAGCCUCAUUAUGUGGCGGUAGACUUUCAGAGGGUAUAUUUGUUGGUGUAUUCCUUUCAAUGUCUUCAACAGCUGUGGUACUUAAAUUUUUUAUGGAAAAGAAUUCUACCAAUAUGCUUCAUGGCCAAGUCACCAUUGGCACUCUUAUUCUUCAAGAUUGUGCUGUGGGAUUGCUAUUUGCUUUGCUUCCAGUUCUUGGUGGAACUUCUGGUAUUCUUCAAGGAGUAAUAUCCAUGACUAAACUGUUGGUCAUGUUGGUUACCUUUUUGGCUGUUUUGUCAAUAUUGUCUCGGACUUGCCUUCCUUGGUUGCUUAAACUGAUGAUAAGCCUUUCAUCAGAGACCAAUGAACUUUAUCAACUGGCAUCUGUGGCAUUCUGCUUACUUGUAGCCUGGUGUAGUGACAAGCUUGGGCUGAGCUUAGAAUUGGGUUCAUUUGCUGCUGGAGUGAUGAUAUCAACAACUGAUCUUGCCCAACAUACACUUGAACAAGUUGAACCCAUUCGCAAUUUUUUCGCUGCUUUCUUCCUUGCCAGCAUAGGGAUGCUGAUCCAUGUUCAUUUUCUCUGGAACCAUGUUGAUAUCUUACUUGCAUCUGUUAUAUUGGUUGUCACCAUAAAAACAAUAAUAAUUGCCUCAGUCGUCAAGGGUUUUGGCUACAACAACAAGACUUCACUUCUUGUUGGAAUGUCUCUGGCGCAGAUUGGAGAAUUUGCUUUUGUUCUUCUCAGCCGUGCUUCCAAUCUCCAUCUUGUUGAGGGGAAACUGUACCUGCUACUUCUUGGGACAACGGCACUUAGCCUGGUGACAACUCCUUUGCUGUUCAAGCUAAUUCCUGCCAUACUACAUCUUGGGGUGCUCUUACGAUGGUUUGCCCCUGAGAGAGAAAGUUCCAUCGAGGUAAUUACGAGUUUCAUGUGUUGGAAGGAUCAUGUCUGUCUAAUUCCCACAUAUAACUCAAAUAAAUUUCUUCUCCAGGUUGGAAUUAAAGGAGAUAACCUUCGUUCAGACAGUGGAAAACAAAGCCUUCGUUCAGACAGUGGAAAGUAUCGUAUUACUUCGAUGAACCAAGAAUCCCAUGAUUCGUGAUUAUACCGUGUAAAACUAAGAAAAAUCUCCAUUACCUGACCGCCCUUUUUUUCACCUUUGUCAUCUAUUGCCGUUACAGCGCGGAUGAAACGCAGUUUGCCCACAUUUUUUUGGGUUGCUAACCCUACUAUAUUGAUUAACAAAUUGGAUUGAGCCUGCCACUUGGAAAUUAGCAACAGAAAUGAGGUAACCUCUUUUACUUAAAAAGAAGUAACAAAUGAGCAAAUGCCUUGUAAUCAAUUUUCACAGCCAUUUGACUUGUUUGUUUUCAGUGUAUCAUAGUUUUGGGCGUGUAAUUAACGAGGAUGCUCUACUAGUUUUUUUUUUUUUCUUAAACCGAUAUUUGAAAUUAAAUGUAUUAUUAUAUAUAGUUGAAUGUAAGAUUCUCACAUUGAGCAUAAGAUCAUCUACAAGUUAACCUCUGUAUCAACUUAUUAUUUUCCACUUAUUUUUUAAUGGUGCAGUUUUACCAGUUUUACAUU